AUGGUGCUCAAUACGAUCAAUGACCGGUUGGAGAGGCAUGAUGAGCGGAUUGACCAGUUGCGACAAGCUCCCAAUCAGCACCCAAGGAGGAACAAUAACCGACAGCCGGCACCUACUGUUGAUCCAUUUGAUGACCACGAAGAGGGAUCCUAUGAUGAUGAGGAUGAUGUGUCUUCCAUUGCCACAAUGAGACGAGCUCGAGGAGCAAGGGCUGAGAGGCCAUGGCGCGAACGUGGGAGGCACCAAGAAAGAGACACCAUUGAUCGUAAUAUGGGAUCCAUCAAGUUGACCAUUCCUCCGUUCCAAGGCAAGAGCGAUCCUGAUGUUUACAUCGAAUGGGAAAGGAAGGUUGAGUUGGUUUUUGAUUGUCACAACUACUCCAAGGAGAAGAAGGUGAAGCUUGCAGCUGUGGCAUUCACCGACUAUGCCAUAGUUUGGUGGGAUCAAUUGACGGUGAGUAAACGCCGAAAUGGGGAGCGACCUAUUGACAAUUGGGAGGACAUGAAAGCUGUCAUGCGGAGGAGGUUUGUCCCAUCCCAUUACUACCGGGAUUUACACUUGAAGCUGCAGAAUCUUAAGCAAGGGUCUAAGACCGUGGAGGAGUACCACAAGGAGAUGGAGAUUGCCAUGAUUCGCGCCAAUGUUGAGGAGGAUCGAGAGGCAACCAUGGCUCGGUUCAUUAGUGGACUUAAUCGGGAGAUUGCCAAUAUUGUGGAGCUGCACCAUUAUGUGGAGCUUGAAGAAUUGGUACACAUGGCUAUGAAGGUUGAAAGGCAGCUCAAGAAGGGGGGACGAUCGUCAUCCAGAUUCGAAUCCUCUAAUUCGAAUUCGAAGUGGACUUCCAAGUUUGAAGGGGCUGGAUCUAAAUGGGCUGGUUCGAAGCAAGAGGAGAAGGCCAAAGGAGACAAGCCCACAGCCAAGCCAUCAUCUGAUUCUAAGGAGAGGGGUAACUCUUCUUCCCAACCUCAAAGAAACCGUGAUGUAAAGUGCUUUCGUUGUUUGGGUUCUGGUCAUUAUGCUUCUCAAUGCCUGAACAAGAGAGCCAUGAUUAUGUUAGAUAAUGGGGAGAUUGAAAGUGCGGAUGAGCAUGUGAGUGACGCGGACUCCAUACCAUCACUUGAAGACGCCGAUGAUGUGGAGUAUGCUGUAUCGGGUCAAACUCUUGUUGUUUUGAGAGCUCUACAUGUGCAAGCCAAAGAAGAUGGUGAUGAGCUACAAAGAGAGAACAUUUUCUACACUCGAUGCCACGUGAAGGAUCGAGUAUGUGGACUGAUUAUUGAUGGAGGAAGCACUGUGAAUGUGGCAAGCAAGCUGAUGGUGGAGAAGCUUGGUUUGAGCACUCAAAAGCAUCCGAGGCCAUAUAGGAUUCAGUGGCUGAAUGAGAGUGGUGAAUUGAAGGUGACAAAACAAGUGUUGAUCUCAUUUUCUAUUGGGAAGUACCAUGAUGAAGUUUUAUGUGAUGUAGUUCCUAUGAUAGCCAGCCAUUUGUUACUCGGAAGGCCAUGGCAAUUUGAUCGAAGGACUACACAUAACGGGUACAAGAAUCGGUAUAGCUUCAUCAAGGAUGGUCGAAACAUGACACUUGCCCCGCUGCCACCACAUCAAGUGUUCGAAGAGCAACUCCAAAUCAAGAAGUCCAGUGCUGAGAGUUCAAAAGAAAGUAAGAGAGAGUUUGAUGAUGUGUUUCUUGAGGAGAUGCCACCGGGAUUGCCACCAAUCCGUGGGAUCAAACAUCAAAUUGAUUUCAUCCCGGGAGCACCCAUUCCAAACCGGCCAGCAUAUCGGUGUAGUCCCGAAGAAGCAAAAGAACUCCAAAAGCAAGUUGAUGAGCUGCUGACCAAGGGCUAUGUUCGAGAGAGCAUGAGUCCAUGCUCUGUGCCCGUGUUGCUUGUUCCCAAGAAAGAUGGCACAUGGAGAAUGUGUGUGGAUUGUCGAGCUGUGAAUAAGAUAACGAGUGGAUACCAUCAAAUUCGCAUGAAAGAAGGAGAUGAGUGGAAAACAGCAUUUAAAACCAAGAGUGGAUUGUAUGAGUGCAAAACUGAGCAUGAUCAUAUGGAUCAUUUGAGGUGUGUUCUUGAGGUGCUGAGGCAUGAGAAGUUGUAUGCUAACCUUAAGAAGUGUGAAUUUUUCUUGGAAAGUGUUGUUUUUCUUGGUUUUGUCGUAAGUUCCAAGGGUGUGGAAGUGGAUGAAGAGAAGGUGAAAGCAAUCCGGGAAUGGCCUACACCCACUACCAUUGCUGAGGUCCGAAGCUUCCAUGGCCUUGCUGGAUUCUAUCGAAGAUUUGUGCGCAAUUUUAGCACCAUAGCUGCUCCUUUGACCGAGAUCAUCAAGAAGGAAGUUGGCUUUAGAUGGGGCAAGGAGCAAGAGAAGGCAUUCAGUACCUUGAAAGAAAAGCUAAGUUCUGCUCCUUUACUGAUUUUACCGGACUUUUCUAAACCUUUUGAAAUCGAAUGUGAUGCUUCCGGUAUUGGUAUAGGUGUCGUCCUUAUGCAAGAGAAGAGGCCUAUUGCUUACUUCAGUGAGAAGCUCAACGGGGCUGCGUUGAACUACUCCACAUACGACAAGGAGCUCUAUGCUUUGGUGAGAGCCUUGGAGACAUGGCAACAUUACUUGUGGUCCAAGGAGUUCAUCAUUCACACCGACCAUGAGUCCUUGAAGCAUUUAAAGGGUCAAAGCAAGCUGAACCGAAGGCACACACGUUGGAUCGAGUUCAUUGAGUUCAUCGAGAUGUUUCCCUAUGUGAUCCAAUACCUUAUCCCGCAGGAAGUCUUUUCUGAAUGUGAAAAAGGGGCAUUUGACAAGUUUUAUAAGCAUGAGGGGUAUUUGUUUCGUGAGAACAAGCUAUGUAUUCCACAAAGUUCCAUGCGAGAGUUGCUUGUUAGGGAAGCCCAUGGGGGAGGUUUAAUGGGGCAUUUUGGUGUGGCUAAGACCUUAGAUGUUUUGAGAGAGCAUUUCUUUUGGUCACAUAUGAAGCGAGACGUUGAAAGGAUCUGUCUUAGGUGUGUCACAUGUAAGAAAGCUAAGUCUAAGGUUCAACCUCAUGGACUUUACAUGCCUUUGCCCAUUCCUAGUCAUCCAUGGACUGAUGUAUCAAUGGAUUUUGUUUUGGGUUUGCCUAGGACUAAGAAUGGUAAGGAUUCUAUCUUUGUAGUAGUGGAUCGUUUUUCAAAGAUGACUCAUUUUAUUCCUUGUAAGAAGACGGAUGAUGCUACUCAUGUGGCAGACCUUUUCUUUAGGGAAGUAGUGCGUUUGCAUGGCAUUCCCAGAACCAUUAUUGUUAGCCUUGAUGGAAAGCGUAAGGCAGAAUUUUUGAAGAAGAUCCAUGAAGAAGCAAGGAACCACAUCUUGCACAAGAACGAGCAAGCUGCCACUCAAGCCAACAAGGGAAGAAAGCAUGUCACUUUCGAACCGGGAGAUUGGGUUUGGGUUCAUUUCAGGAAGGAGAGAUUCAAGGACGAAUCCUUUUGA